AUGAGCUUCCACUUUACCGGCGCCGGCCGUUCCAGGGCGCCCGUCACCCUCGGUGGCACCUCCACUUCGUCUGCCGAUCCAGCGUCGAGCGCAAGGGCUCAGCGCCUCGAACGCGAACAGCAUAGACAAAGGCAGCUCGCCUCGGUUCGCAUUCAGUCGCAGGCACGUCGCAUCCUCGUAUCCAAACACACCAGGUCCCAAUGGCGCACCGACUCGGCCCACCUCUUGACACAGGCUCAGGCCAAUCUUGCCGCAACAGCAGCUGCACCGCCAACAGCGGAUCUCAUCCACGCCACUCGCACUCUGCUCGUCAGUCUCGGCCCGAUCACGAGGGCACUCGACUCCACAGACGUACAACUCUUCCUUCAGUGGAUCAAGCUCGUCUCGCACCCCGUCGAUGGCACCCCUCUCGUAUUUCACCCCUUUCAUCACCACAGCCAAGAUGCCGCAAGCAGCUGGAUUCCCCUCCUCAAGUUGGCUUCCAAGCAUUCACUCCGCUUCCUCACCGUCUCAGCCUCCUCUCGUCUCACCGAAGCCAUUGCUUCGCCGACUUCGCUCGAUCUUGAUCUCGAGAUCCUUGCUUUCCUCGGUCUGCUCACCGGCGUAGACGCUCGCUCCCCAGCGCAUUCCAUCAACAUCGACACUCAACAGACCAACCUGGCUUCUGCGCUGCUUGCCCUGCUUCUCGAUCUCGGCCUUCACCGCACUCUUCGCACGCACAUCCUCUCCUUUACAGCUCGUCAAAAGUCCAAGGCGUCCAGCCUCUCCCCGGCCGUUUCCUUGGCGCUGGCUCCCCUGCACAGGUUCAAACCCGCCUCUGUCCCACCCUCUACAGCAUCGGGCGUAAACGCUGCAAACGCAAUCGAUAUCGACGGCGCCUCUUCGUCAGAUGCAGAGGCCGCCGACAUUGCAACCCAGGCCAUCCACUCGUUCGCAGUCGAGAUCCUCACCAUCCCUGCACUUCGCAAGCGUCUGCCUCUCGACUCCGUGACGGAGCUCGCCAAGCACCUUCCGUUCACCUCUGUGCUCGACUGGAUCUUGCGCUUCAAGCCACCAUCCGUCCAGGCUCCCCAACUGGACGCAACCAUUCCGUCGUCAACCGUCGAAGCUCAGGCGGCUCAAGCGCUCGAGCAACCUUGUCUGCUCUCGAACAUGCUGGCAUUCGGCUCGCAACGGGUCGCCUUCUUCAAGGACGGCGCCACUCAUGCAAAGUAUCUUCGUGCAAUCACCAGUGCCCAGGACUGGCUGCCCGCCUCGGCCUUUGAUCCGUCCACCAAAUCAUCAGCUUCCGCCGCCGAUGGUCAUCUUCUAAAGACGCCACAGCAAAGAGCUGCGGUCGAGCCCGGGCUCUCCGACGCUAAGGAAACGUACGAAAGGCUGCGCAUCCUCGUGUCCGAUCAACACCUCUCCGACGUACUUGCCCUAUCUAACCGCUUCCCCGCAGCCACUCGUGGACCUUUCUUCUCCUUCAUGUGCGCCACGCUCGCCGCCUGGCCUAUCGAUGUGCACGACCACGUCCUCAACCGUAUCCUGUAUUCGGGCACCGACACCUCGGUCGCACGAGACAACAAGCAGCAGCGCCACAACGGUCCUACCGGCACCGCCAUCAUCCGUGAAGUAUGGCGUGGCUACGUUCGUGGCAGCAGCCUUGCCCGCAGUCUUGCCUCGGCGCAUAACGACACGCGUGCGCGAGAGAUCCUUGCGUCUCUCUCCAGCACAAGUACCUCCGAGGAUUGGCCUGCGCUCGUUUUGGUGUUCGAACUGCUGUCCAAUGUGCUCCUUACCCUCGGCGAUGACGAGUUCUACCCGAGCGACAACCAGUUCGGCGGGUCAAAUGCUGCCAAUGCCGCCUGGCUUUCACGCGACGAGAUCGUGAGCAUCAGCGGCCUCCUUCGAAACGUUGCCUUUGCCAUGUACUGGUACGAGGGCAAGGCUCCGCUCGUCAAUCUGCACGACGAAGACCUCACGGAUGCGCGCCCACACAAACGCACGCCGCGCGUGCCGGGAAUGCGCAUGACGCUGCUCUCACUCCGCUCGCUCGUAACCAAGGUGCUCAAGCAGCUGCACCUGCGCGACUCGAGGCGUCGCUUUGCUCCUGCCGACCAUUGGCUCAUGGUCAGCCACCUCGACCUCAACGACUUUAUGCGCACGGUAGUGCUCGAAGAGCAGCAGCUCAGCAGCGAGCAGCACGACGAGUCGGAGCAAUUUGGCGGCAUCAGUCCAAGCAAUGCCGACAGCUCCACAUCAUCCUCUCACAUCGCUGCGGUGGCGCAAGAUGCCGAUGCGGACAUGCGCGUUGGCGAGGACAGCGAUUAUGGAAUGGACGAAGACGACGAUGCGCAGUCGCGCCAGCCGCUCUCGCGCCUUCAACAGCUACGCGCUCGCGGAGAUACUCGCAGCCGCCAUCUCACUGCGCUCAAUCUGGCUUUCCUCUCGCCUCGACUGGGUAUCCUGAACAACGUCCCCUUUAUGAUCCCCUUUGACGUUCGCACGCAGAUCUUCCGUCAGUUUGUCCAGAUCGACGCGGUCAAGAACGGCAUCUUUGCCGAUCGUUGGCAGCGACGCAGGGCGGUCAAGAUCCGACGCAGUCAUGUGGCGCAGGACGGCUUCGCCGCGCUCGCUCCUCUGGGCGCAGAGAUCAAGAAGCCGCUCGAGAUCGUGUUUGUCGACCAAUUCGGCAACAACGAAGCGGGCAUCGACGGUGGUGGACUGUUCAAGGAGUUCCUCACCUCGCUGGUGCGCGAAGCGUUUGACACCAAUCGCGGCCUGUGGAAGGCCACCGGUGCACAGGAGCUCUAUCCGAACCCGCACACGUACGCCACCUCGGGCGAUCAGCUCGAAUGGUACGGCUUCUUGGGCCGGGUGAUUGGCAAGGCGCUCUACGAGGGUAUCCUGGUGGACGCCAAGUUUGCCGGAUUCUUCCUGUCCAAGAUGCUGGGCAAGCAGUCGUUCCUGGACGACCUCGGUUCGAUCGACAGUCUGGACAAGGAGCUGUACAAGGGGCUCAUCUCGCUCAAGAACUACCAAGGGAACGUCGAAGAGCUUGCGCUCAACUUUACCGUGACGGACGAGGAGUUUGGCGUGAGCCUUACGCGCGAGCUGGUGCCGGGUGGGGCGAACAUUCCGGUGACGAACCUGAAUCGGAUGGAGUACAUCUACCGCAUUUCGCACUACCGGCUCUCGACGCAGAUCCAGCACCAGUGCGCCGCCUUCUUCACCGGGCUUGCGGACAUCAUCAAUCCGCGCUGGCUGCGCAACUUUAACCACGAGGAGCUCUCCAUCCUCAUCUCGGGCAGCGACGAUCCGGUGGAUAUUGACGACCUGCGCAAGCAUACGGUGCUGGGCGGCUAUCACGAGAAGGACCUCACGGUGGAGCACUUUUGGCACGUGCUCGAGGGCUUUGACCAGCCCAUGCGCAAGGCGUUCCUUAAAUUCGUCACCAGCUCGCCCAAGCCUCCGCUGCUGGGAUUCAGCCAGCUCAACCCCAUGUUUGCCAUCCGCAAAGCAGGGGACGAUACCUCGCGCCUGCCCACGGCCAGCACGUGCGUCAACAUGCUCAAGCUGCCAGACUAUGCCGACGAGGCCACGUGCCGCGAGAAGCUGCUGUACGCCAUCCAGAGCGAGGCUGGAUUCGAUCUGUCUUGA